GUAUGAUAAUUUUAAUUAAACUGAAUUCCCAGAUUCACACACCUGUGUACUUUUUCCUCAGCCACCUCUCCUUCAGUGACCUUUGCUAUUCUACAGCAAUUGGACCCAGGAUGCCGGUAGGCUUCAUUGCCAAGGACAAGUCAAUUCCUGUCUAUGGCUGUGCUCUGCAAUUUUGGAUCUUCUGUAUCUUUGCAGAUUCCGAGUGUCUGCUGCUGGCAAUGACGGCGUUCGAACGGUACAAGGCCAUUAGCCACCCCUUGCUCUACACAGUCAACACGUCCAACAGGAUGUGCUCCCUGCUCAGGGCAGGGGCUUACAUGGUGGGGAUUAUGGGUUCUUUGAUAAAUACAGCAUUAAUAUUUCACUUAUGUUUCUGUGGGUCAAAUGAGAUUAAUCAUUUCCUCUGUGAUGUCCCUCCUCUCCUUUUGCUGUCUUGCUCAGAUACGCAGGUCAAUGAGUUAGCGAAAUUCAUUAUUUCUGGGCUUUUGGUGUCUUAUUGUUAUAUCAUCCCGACAGUGAUAAGGAUCUGCUCUGCUGAAGGGAGGUGCAAAGCUUUCUCUACCUGCACUUCCCACUUAACGGCCCUUGCAAUUUUGCAGGGAAAAGUGCUCUUCAUUUAUUUCCAGCCGAGUUCCACCUACUCUCUAGAUCAGGACAAAAUGGCCUCAUUGUUCUCCACCCUUGUGAGUCCCAUGUUGAACCCUCUGAUUUAUAGCCUAUGGAACAAGGAUGUGAAGGAGGAUCUGGAAAAACUUAAAAAUCAAAGGUACUCCCAUUGA